AUGGCAAGCCAAUCGCACAUGGCCAUGUCCAAGCACACCGACGCCGUUGCGGAGCAUCACAAACGCAUCUUCCAGGCUGCCGGCGACAACAACGAGGAGGAGAAGCACAUUCUUGCCGGUCGCUACAAGACGAAGCUGUGCAAAAACUACGUGGCGAAGGGCGAGUGCCCUUACGAUGUGCGCUGCAUGUUCGCUCACGGUGAAGAAGAACUACGUACAACAGACGAUAACAUCCGAGACGGCCUGACCACCGAAGAGGCGAUCAAGGGCUUCCAGCGUCAGCAGAACCAAGCGAAGCGCCGCGCUGCGUUUGCCACCGGCCGCGAGCACAACAGCCACGACCACCACAGCAGCCACAGCCACAUCGUACGUACCGCGUCCCAUCGAAAUGGGUAUGAGGUGGAGGAGGCUUCGGAAAACGAUGAGGUGUGCCGCAACCACCAUCGCCACCACAGCCUGUGCCUGCUCCGCCAGCACGAGUCCGUGUCUACUCCCCAGCAGCAGCAGUUCCAGUUGCAGAGCGUGAUGACGCAGUGCUACACGCACAACCCGUACGUCUUCGAUCUCAUCCCCUCUGCGGCACGCCUCUUCCCAGUCUACCGCGAGAUGAUCGAGGAGGGCUGCUGGUACGAGGAGGAGCCCGUACCUGCUCCGGAGGACUACUACUUCCCGUCUUCAGAUAUGAUGAUGCCGCUUGUGCCGAGCUUGGUGACGCAGCAGUAUCCCCAGUACCCGCACACGCAGUGCGGCAAGCAGCUUGAGACGGGCGCCUCCGUCAGCAACUACAGCGGUGAGGAGGUCAUGUACGGCCACAGCGAAUCCUCAGCUAGCUCGAUGUACCGCUCGAUGGCGCGCUGCACGGCUGCUGAGCUCCCCAGCAACUCCGACAUUCCGGCCAUGGUGAUGGAGCCUUAA